AUGGACGGGUACCUACACACGCCGGCAGCCGCGCCACAUGAGCAGGUAGGCCCGGCAGAGACCGGCUCCCCGCCACGUGCACAGCCCCCAGAGCCCGAUACACCCACCCUGGCCGACAUCAGCGCUGACAUCAGGGCGCUAGCAGCCCAGAUGGUCACAAAAAAUGACCUCCAAGCCCUCUCAGACAACCUCCAUGCCGCAAUCCGCUUUGAGGUGGCGGCCCUGCGGUCAGAGGUCACAGCACAGGAAGGCAGACUCCAAACCCUGGAAGAAGCAGUGAGAGGGGUGACGGAGAGAGCAGGGACCAACACCACUGCAGCCACAAGACAAGGGCAAAUGCUACUGGCCCUCGGACGCCAGACAGAGGACCUGGACAACAGGGGCCGACGCUCCAACAUCCGCGUGCGCGGAAUACCUGAGCCAGCCACUGAGGAAGAUGUGGAGGUCACGCUAAGAGCCCUAUUCCGUGAGAUUCUGGGAGCUGACAUGCCGGAUAACAUGGCAUUUGACCGGGCACACAGAGCUAAUAGACCCAGGCCAGCAGAUAACACACCACGAGACGUCAUCUGCUGCCUACAUAACUACAAGCAUAAAGAAAAAAUAAGCUCGCUCCAGACCACUGUGGAGGUUCCGCGGUGCAGACGUGGCCCUGUACCAAGACCUAUCACCGCUCACACUCGACGCCCGCAGGGCCCUGCGUCCCAUCACAUCGCUACUCAGAGAGAGAAACAUCCCAUACAAAUAGGGUUUCCCCUUUGCCCUGCUUGCCAGAUGUCAAAACGAAUGGGUACCCCUACGCUGGCCGGAAGAGGGCCCAGAAUUCCUACGCCGUAUGGGCCUACCGCCCACUGAAAUAGCGGACUGGAUACUCGGACCCCUGGAGCAGAGACCUGGACCCUACACGCCUCGACAGCAGCGACGCCGUGGGGAGGACCCACCAAGACGCCCCAGUGCCCGCAGACGCCUGGAUCCAGCAGCACCCGAGGAAUAGCAAUAGUGACGAACUCCCCCCCCCGAUACAACCACCACCCCCACCUGGAGAUCCAGCAGAAAACCCCGCAUGCCCGAGAAACAUCUGGACACCGGACAAUG